AUGGCUGAUUACGAAGACGAUUACGACUAUGAGAACUAUGGGGAUGAGGAUGAGGGCAUCACGCCCGAGGAUUGCUGGACUGUGAUUUCCUCCUUCUUCGAGACCAAGGGCCUCGUAUCACAGCAGACCGACUCCUUUGACGAGUUCACCCAGACGACAAUCCAGGAUCUCGUCAACGAAUACUCCACCAUCACACUCGACCAGCCCAAUCCUCCUUCGCCACCUGGUCGAACGAUAGCCCUUCGCCGAUAUGAAAUCAAAUUUGGAAGCGUCAUGGUAUCACGUCCCACUAUCAGUGAGACGGAUGGAACUGUGACGUCUUUGCUCCCUUACGAAUGUCGAGACCGCAACCUGACUUACGCCAGUCCGCUGUAUAUCAAGAUCACCAAGAAAGUGUCUGCGGCCGUCGAGAGGGAGGUUCCGCUGCAUGAGAUGGAUGAUGCCCAGCAGGAACAGUAUGCAAGGACCGGAGAAAACCCCACAAAGCUGGAAUGGGAAGAGGAAGAGAAUGGCGAAGACGACAAUCUCGGCAAGUCUGACGACUGGAAGGACAUGGUUUUCGUUGGCAAGCUGCCCAUCAUGGUCAAGUCCAAGAUUUGUCAUCUGAGCCGUGAACAGGAUGACAGCCUGUUCCUCGUCAACGAGUGCCCUUAUGACCAAGGAGGCUACUUCGUUAUCAACGGUAGUGAAAAGGUCCUCAUCGCCCAGGAGCGUUCCGCCGCAAACAUCGUCCAGGUCUUCAAGAAGGCCCAGCCCAGUGCCUAUACCUACACGGCCGAAAUCCGAAGUGCGCUGGAAAAGGGAUCUCGACUCAUCUCCAGCAUGAUGCUCAAGUUGUACGGCAAAGGAGACUCUGCGCGAGGUGGUUUUGGGCAAACUAUUCACACUACCCUGCCUUUUGUCAAGUCAGAUCUUCCCGUUGCCAUUGUUUUCCGUGCCUUGGGCGUCGUUUCUGAUGAGGACAUUCUGAACCACAUCUGCUACGACCGAAACGACAGCCAAAUGCUCGAAAUGCUUCGGCCUUGCAUUGAAGAAGCCUUUUGUGUUCAGGAUCGAGAAGUUGCCCUUGAUUUCAUCGGAAAGCGAGGCAACCGUGAUCAAGCCGGCCUCGGUCGUGAGAAGCGUGUUCGUGUAGCAAAGGACAUUCUCCAGAAGGAGACGCUUCCCCACAUUUCCCAGACUGAAGGCAGUGAGACCAGAAAGGCAUUCUUCCUUGGAUACAUGGUGCACAAGCUAUUGCAAUGCGCACUUGGAAGACGAGAGCCCGACGACCGAGACCACUUUGGAAAGAAGCGUCUAGAUCUGGCGGGUCCACUGCUGGCCAAGCUGUUCCGUGGUAUCAUGCGCAGAAUGAAUACAGAGCUGGCCAACUACCUCAGACGAUGUGUUGAGGGUAACCGCCACUUCAACCUUGCUGUUGGCAUUAAGCCCGGCACACUUUCCAACGGACUAAAGUACUCGCUCGCCACUGGAAACUGGGGUGACCAGAAGAAGGCAAUGAGCUCGACCGCAGGUGUCUCACAGGUGCUUAACCGUUACACUUUUGCUUCUACACUUUCCCAUUUGCGCCGUACCAAUACACCCAUCGGAAGAGAUGGUAAGCUGGCGAAGCCUCGACAGCUCCACAACACACACUGGGGUUUGGUGUGCCCGGCUGAGACCCCUGAAGGUCAAGCUUGUGGUCUGGUCAAGAAUUUGUCUCUCAUGUGCUACGUCAGUGUUGGAUCUCCUUCUGAGCCUUUGAUCGAGUUUAUGAUCAACAGAGGUAUGGAAGUCGUUGAGGAGUAUGAGCCACUGAGGUAUCCCCAUGCUACAAAGAUCUUUGUGAAUGGUGUCUGGGUUGGAAUCCACCAAGACCCCAAGCAUCUGGUAAACCAAGUUUUGGAUACUCGUCGCAAAUCCUAUCUGCAGUACGAGGUCUCUCUGAUCAGAGAAAUUCGAGACCAAGAAUUCAAAAUCUUCUCUGACGCCGGCCGUGUCAUGCGUCCCGUCUUCACUGUACAGCAGGAAGAUGACCCGGAAACGGGUAUCAACAAGGGCCACCUGGUUUUGACCAAGGACCUUGUCAAUAGACUGGCCAAAGAGCAGGCUGAGCCUCCAGAAGACCCAAGCAUGAAGCUCGGAUGGGAAGGGCUGAUUAGAGCUGGUGCGGUGGAAUAUCUCGACGCCGAGGAAGAAGAAACGUCCAUGAUUUGCAUGACACCGGAGGAUCUGGAGCUCUAUCGUCUUCAAAAGGCCGGCAUUGCCACGGAUGAAGACAUAGGAGACGAUCCAAAUAAGCGUCUCAAGACCAAGACAAAUCCGACAACUCACAUGUAUACGCAUUGCGAGAUUCACCCGAGUAUGAUCUUAGGUAUCUGUGCUAGUAUCAUUCCUUUCCCCGAUCACAACCAGUCCCCCCGUAACACCUACCAGUCUGCCAUGGGUAAACAAGCCAUGGGCUUCUUCCUAACCAACUAUUCUCGGCGUAUGGACACCAUGGCCAAUAUCCUCUACUACCCUCAGAAACCGCUGGGCACUACUCGUUCUAUGGAGUUUUUGAAAUUCCGUGAGCUGCCAGCCGGACAAAACGCCAUUGUAGCAAUUGCUUGUUACUCUGGCUAUAACCAAGAAGAUUCCGUCAUUAUGAACCAGAGUAGUAUUGACAGAGGUCUCUUCCGAAGUCUUUUCUUCCGAUCAUAUUCAGAUCAAGAGAAGAAGGUUGGCUUGAACUACACGGAAGUGUUUGAGAAGCCAUUCCACCAAAACACUCUUCGCAUGAAGCACGGCACAUAUGACAAGCUGGACGAAGAUGGUAUCGUUGCUCCUGGUGUUCGUGUGUCAGGUGAGGACAUCAUCAUCGGCAAGACAGCACCAAUCGACGCCGAGACACAGGAUCUUGGAACCAGGACGACCAUGCACCAAAGACGCGAUAUCUCGACGCCUUUGCGAAGUACCGAGAAUGGUAUCGUCGACCAGGUUAUCGUGACGGUGAACGCGGAUAAUGUUAAAUAUGUCAAGGUCCGUGUUCGAACGACCAAGAUUCCCCAGAUUGGAGACAAGUUUGCCUCUCGUCACGGUCAGAAGGGCACUAUUGGUGUUACCUACCGACAGGAGGAUAUGCCAUUCACAAGAGAAGGUCUCACUCCAGAUAUCAUUAUCAACCCCCACGCCAUUCCGUCUCGUAUGACAAUUGCUCACUUGAUUGAGUGUCUCCUGAGUAAGGUCUCUACGCUGGAAGGUAUGGAGGGUGAUGCUACUCCCUUUACGGAUGUCACCGUCGAUUCAGUCUCUGAGCUCUUGCGAAAGCACGGCUACCAGUCUCGAGGCUUCGAAAUCAUGUACAACGGCCAUACUGGACGCAAGCUAAGAGCACAAGUAUUCUUUGGACCGACAUACUACCAGCGACUCCGCCACAUGGUGGACGACAAGAUCCAUGCCAGAGCUCGUGGUCCUGUGCAGAUCAUGACACGGCAGCCAGUGGAGGGUCGUGCUCGAGAUGGUGGUCUCCGAUUCGGAGAAAUGGAACGUGAUUGUAUGAUUGCACACGGUGCAGCGUCCUUCCUCAAGGAGCGAUUGUUUGAGGUGUCGGACGCCUUCCGAGUUCACAUUUGCGAGAUUUGUGGACUCAUGACACCCAUUGCUAACUUAUCCAAACAAUCGUUCGAGUGUCGGCCAUGCAAGAACAAGACAAAGAUUGCACAGAUCCACAUUCCUUACGCUGCCAAGCUCUUAUUCCAGGAGCUCCAGUCAAUGAACAUUGCAGCUAGAAUGUACACCAACCGGUCUGGUGCAUCUGUUCGGUAGUUUGGCGAUGGGGAUUGGGUUAUAAAUGUUGCAUUAUAUGGUUGCCACAAUGGCUGAAAAGUUCAUUUUUCGUACAUCUUUUGGAGAUUGGUAGAAAGUGGAAAUUGCUUCAAGACAGAAUGGACAUGGGGGGCUUCACCCCCAUUGCUACGCCAGCUACAUGGUUGCUGAGCGGAGAGUAUGAUUUGUACAUGUAGAUAAGAAUAAUACAACAAAGAAACAAAAAAGUAAGGC